AAAAUAAAUACAAGUUUGGUUGCCUGUUCAAAUUCCAGAUCAGGUGUUUAAUUUUCUCGUGAAGAGGAAAUCGAGACCCACUUCGAGGUCCCAUGCUCGACUGAUAAUUAACGAAUGAAUGGGAAUGGAAUUUUUCAAGGUGGCGAUGCUCGACUACUCACAGUGACAACCAGCGGUGGUGAUGACGGCUCAGCAAAGUGGCGGCAGGGGGAGAUCGACGAGACCGAAUGGAUGAAGGGAGGAAGCAACGAAGCUUCUUCCUGCUCUGAUGGAGAUGUGCGAAGGGGGAAGGGAGGUUUGUUUCCGAGGCGACGCGAGCGAAGCGACGCAGGUGGUGAAGAAGCAGCGAAACGGCUGUGAUUUCAGGGGGAUGCAGCAAAGGCGAGACCUUCGGAGGUCUAGGGUCGAUCGGAAACGGCAGAGAAAGAAGCGAGGGUCUCCGGUCUUUGGCCGGCCGCAGAGCGUGUUAACAGUCCUCAAUCAAGAGGCGGAUCGAUGGUGGAUUCCCACUGCGAACAGGGAGGAGGAAGGAGGAGGAGUAAUGGUUCGGUGGUUUACUGGUCGUCGAUCAUCAACAGGGAAAAUGAAGGAGAAGCAAUGAAGUUUUCAUGUUCAUUGGCUUGACUGAUUUGUCAAGAACAAGACCGUGUUCUUGACUAGAACGAAGGAGAAGAGUGAAGACUAGAUGUUGCAUCUUUGGUGAUUCUUGACCGUUUCAGAAGGGAAACACACAUUUCUUGUGUAAACUAAGAUAUAUUGAAAUGUGAAAUAAUCUUCAAAUUCCUUUUGUGUGUAAACUUAGAUAUAUUGAAAUGUGAUGUAAUCUUCAAAUUAAUUAAUUUGAGUGUACUUUAAAUGUAUUGAUUUAACUUGAAUAUAUAUAUUUUGUAUUUGAUUUGGUA